AUCUGGCAACCGGCCUGGCCGACUGGAGUGGUGAGUUAGCACGGCACGAAGGACUGAAGCACGAUGCGGUGAAGACGCGUGUCGGUAUCGGGGGGGGAGCUCACCGUUGAUGCUAAUGACCUCACGCAUGGUUGCGGGCGGGAAGAUGUGAUUGGGGAUUAAGUGAUGGGAGGUUUGAGAGGAAGGGAGUUCACGAGCAGCACAGCAAAGACGCAGGCGGCAAGACAGGCCAGACAAGGCUUUUACGAACGGAGACUCGGGAGCGGGAAUAUGAGAGCGAAGACAAGGACGUGCAGUUUGGUUUGGCGAUGGGGGGAAGAAAAUAGGUGGGGGAAAUUUGGCAGACAGGGGAGGCUUGCCCGUCCUAGGAUUUGUUGAUUUCGAGGCGUGUCUGCGUGGCUAGAAGGGGUAAGCGCGUU